CCCCAACUCGUGAAAAAAGGAACUCCAAAUAUAGUGCUGUCCCUCUGGAACAAUGUGGAGGAGAGUGUUUUCAUGGCAGCUCCAACAUAGAGUCCCCAAAUGGGGCGUUAUUACUUCUCGAUCUCUCAACUCUUCAGCUUCUCCAUCCGCUACGACGUCGUUUCAGCAACCCACUACCCUCUUCUCCGACCCCGAGUUAUUAUCGAAGAGAGUUGAAGAUUUUAUGCCAAUUGCUACUGGCCAUGAGCGUGAAGAACUUGAGGCUCAACUUCAGGGUAGAAACAUUUUGGAGUUGAAUUAUCCAAUUGGCCCAUUUGGUACCAAGGAAGCACCUGCAAUUGUUAAGUCUGUCUAUGACAAAAGGAUAGUUGGAUGCCCUGGUGGUGAAGGAGAAGACGAACAUGAUGUGGUCUGGUUUUGGUUGGAGAAAGGGAAGCCUCAUGAGUGCCCCGUGUGUUCUCAAUGCUUCAAGGUAGCUAGAUGUUGUUGGGCCUGGAGGACCUCCUGAUGGGCAUGGAGAUGACCAUUAAGUUGAGUUAUGGGGUUUGCCAUCAGAAUAAGCUCAUUUGAGGAUGAGAAGAAUAUUAACGGGUGGAGAAACAAUUGUUUCAUACUUCAUGAAGAGGUUGACCUUGAAACUUUAGCUGGAGCAUUUUACAUUUAGAUUGAUUUUUUGCUUCAAUGGACUAGUCAUACCAGAGGCUGGGUUUUCUUUUAACCCUUCCCGAAUUAUUCUUGAAUAAUGAUUGUCUAUUUUUUAUGCCAACUUCAAAUGUUCAUUUUUUGUAAGAUCAAAUAUUUUAUUAGCUCA